CCAGACGACCGCCCGGAUCAAUACCUUUCCCUUCUCCCUCUCAAAAAAGAGAAAACUUUCCCUUCUCUCGGACUCUCUCCUCCCUUUGCUCUUCCUUCCUUGGCGGCGACGACUGGGCGAGCGGCGGCGCCAUUUGUCCUGUCUUCGCCCAGCCCUUUGCCGGCGACGAGCGCAUCCUCCAGGGUCCAUCAUGGUGAGGAAGAAAAGAACUGGCCCUGGAGAGAGUUCUGGGGAGGCUCCUGGAGCGCCUGGACAGGGCUCCUCGCAGCGAUCUGAGACAACUCAACAGCAUGGGGGAGGACGUGGUUUACUGCCCCAACAAGGUGCCCGUGGUGGAGGGCAACACCAGGUCCGUGGUGGAUAUCAGGGCUGUGGAGGGCCAACUGAGUCUCAACCGCGCGACUACCAGGGGCGUGGUGGGUAUCAGGGCCGUGGAGGCCCACCUUCACAACAUCCUGGUGGGCCAUCUGAGGCUCAACCGCGUGGAUACCAGGGCCGUGGUGGAUACCAGGGCCGUGGAGUCCCACCUUCACAACAUCCUGGUGGUGGACCACCUGAGUAUCAAUCACAGGAGUACCAGGGACGUGGUGGUCCACGCGCCAGAAGGGGAGUGCCUCAGCCACACUACGGUGGGCAUGGGGGAGGUAGUGUUGGACCAAGUGUUCCUCCAGGUCCAUCGAGAUCAGUUCCCGAGCUGCACCAAGCCCCAUUUGUCCAAUAUCAAGCCCCUGUGGCGGUAUCACCAUCCCCACCGGGAGCUGGCUCUUCCUCGCAGCCUGCGGAGGCCGAGGUGAGCACUGGACAAGUCCAGCAACAGUUUCAGCAACUUGCUAUUCGUGGUCAGAGUUCAACCAGCCAAGCCAUUCAGAUGGCACCAGCAUCAAGCAAAUCGGUUAGAUUCCCAUUGCGCCCUGGCAAGGGUACUUAUGGCUCCAGGUGCAUUGUGAAGGCAAAUCAUUUCUUUGCUGAGCUGCCUGAUAAAGACCUUCACCACUACGAUGUUUCUAUUACGCCUGAGGUUACUUCACGUGGCGUCAAUCGUGCUGUCAUGGGACAGCUUGUAACUCUUUAUAGACAGUCUCAUUUGGAUGGGCGUCUACCUGCAUACGAUGGAAGGAAGAGCCUUUAUACAGCGGGACCAUUGCCAUUUACAUCUAGGACAUUUGAAAUUACUCUGCAAGAUGAGGAGGCUAGUCUUGGUGGAGGACAAAGGCGCGAAAGGGUAUUUACGGUGGUGAUCAAAUUUGCUGCCCGCGCUGAUCUCCACCAUCUGGCUAUGUUUCUAGCUGGGAGGCAACCAGAUGCUCCUCAAGAGGCUCUUCAAGUACUUGACAUUGUACUACGUGAAUUGCCUACUGCCAGGUAUUGCCCUGUUGGUAGAUCAUUUUAUUCUCCCAACUUAGGGAGACGCCAGCAACUUGGUGAGGGUUUGGAAACUUGGCGGGGUUUCUACCAAAGCAUAAGGCCCACACAGAUGGGUCUUUCUCUGAAUAUUGAUAUGUCCUCUACUGCAUUUAUUGAGCCCCUCCCUGUUAUUGAUUUCGUUGCUCAGCUUCUUAACAGAGAUAUCUCAGUUAGACCGUUAUCUGAUUCUGAUCGUGUGAAGAUUAAAAAAGCUCUACGAGGUGUAAAAGUCGAAGUCACACACCGAGGGAACAUGCGAAGGAAAUAUCGUAUAUCUGGCCUCACUUCACAGGCAACAAGGGAGUUAUCAUUCCCUAUUGAUGAUCGUGGUACCGUGAAGACUGUGGUGCAAUACUUCCUGGAGACUUACGGCUUCAGUAUUCAGCACACUUCUUUGCCUUGCUUGCAAGUGGGCAAUCAACAGAGACCAAAUUAUCUGCCUAUGGAGGUCUGUAAGAUAGUUGAGGGACAGCGUUACUCAAAACGACUCAAUGAGAAGCAGAUCACUGCUUUACUGAAAGUGACUUGCCAGCGUCCUCAAGAGCGUGAGAAAGACAUCCUGCAGACUGUGCAUCACAAUGCGUACUUCGAAGAUCCAUAUGCACAGGAAUUUGGCAUAAGGAUUGAUGAGCGUCUUGCAUCCGUCGAAGCUCGUGUUCUGCCUCCCCCGAGGCUGAAAUACCAUGACAGUGGCAGAGAGAAGGAUGUAUUGCCAAGAGUCGGCCAGUGGAACAUGAUGAAUAAGAAAAUGGUCAAUGGCGGCAGAGUUAGCAGCUGGGCAUGCAUUAACUUCUCACGAAAUGUGCAAGAUAAUGCUGCCAGGAUUUUCUGUCAUGAGCUGGCUCAGAUGUGCCAAGUAUCUGGAAUGGACUUUGCACUUGAACCUGUGCUACCCGCAUUGACUGCGAGGCCUGAACAUGUUGAAAGAGCACUAAAGGGACGCUAUCAAGAUGCCAUGAACAUACUCAGACCUCAGGGCCGAGAACUUGACCUGCUGAUUGUAAUACUGCCCGACAAUAAUGGCUCACUGUAUGGGGAUCUCAAAAGGAUCUGUGAGACUGAUCUUGGAUUGGUCUCCCAAUGUUGUCUGACUAAACAUGUUUUCAAGGCAAACAAGCAGCAGUAUCUUGCAAAUGUUGCCCUUAAAAUAAAUGUUAAGGUUGGGGGAAGGAAUACUGUGCUUGUAGAUGCUUUGGCAAGGAGAAUUCCCCUUGUCAGUGACAGACCAACCAUUAUAUUUGGUGCGGAUGUUACCCAUCCCCAUCCUGGAGAAGAUUCUAGUCCUUCCAUUGCAGCUGUGGUUGCUUCUCAAGACUGGCCGGAGGUCACCAAGUAUGCAGGAUUAGUGAGUGCCCAAGCCCAUCGCCAAGAGUUGAUACAGGAUCUUUUCAAAGUAUGGCAAGAUCCCCAAAGAGGGACUGUCACUGGUGGCAUGGUCAAGGAACUUCUCAUUUCUUUCAGGAGGGCAACAGGACAGAAACCCCAGAGGAUCAUAUUCUACAGGGAUGGUGUUAGCGAGGGACAGUUCUAUCAAGUUUUGUUAUACGAACUUGAUGCCAUUAGAAAGGCCUGUGCAUCGUUGGAGCCCAAUUACCAGCCUCCAGUUACUUUUGUAGUGGUCCAGAAGCGUCAUCACACUAGGUUGUUUGCUAACAACCACAAUGAUCAGCGUUCUGUUGAUAGAAGUGGAAACAUACUGCCUGGCACUGUGGUGGAUUCAAAGAUUUGCCAUCCAACUGAGUUUGAUUUCUACCUGUGUAGCCAUGCUGGCAUUCAGGGAACAAGCCGCCCCGCACAUUAUCAUGUUCUGUGGGAUGAGAACAAAUUUACGGCUGAUGGGUUACAAUCUCUAACGAACAACUUGUGCUACACGUAUGCUAGGUGCACACGCUCAGUAUCGGUUGUGCCUCCUGCAUACUAUGCUCACUUGGCAGCCUUCCGAGCUCGCUUUUACAUGGAGCCAGAUACCUCUGACAGUGGGUCGAUGGUGAGCAGUGCUGGAACGAGCCGUGGCCCUCCCCCUGGGAGUUCUCGCAGCUCCAGGGCUGGCGGGAGUGCUGCUGUGAGGCCUCUACCUGCUCUCAAGGAAAACGUGAAGCGUGUCAUGUUUUACUGCUAAGAUGGAUGCUGGCCUGCUGCUUUGAGCGACCAGUAUCCUCCUACCUUGCCUACCUGGUGUGUAUUUCGAGUGCUUGCACUCUUAUGGUGAUGCUGGGGCACUGUUAUGCACCUCCAAAUUUAGUUUUCUGAGCUGCGAAUUUGUGGUACCGUUUUAUACUAUUGUAAACUGCUUGCGGUAAUAUUGUACUCUGAAGAUUGGUUUGUCCUGGACUUAUUUAGACCUGGUUUGUAGUGGAAUUAUUUGAACCUGUUUGUGUCUGCAAA